AUGAAAAUUUUAGAAUAUAUUUGGCUAUUGUUCAUUCUUUUAUUUUGUCAAUUUUCCUUGUCAGCAUAAAAAAUUGGAUAAACUUUAUAAUUAUUAGAUGAUAUUGAUCCUUAUUAAAAUUUAAAAAUUUAAGUUGAAAAUAAGAGAACUGGUUUUGGGUUUUGGUUUAAAUAUAUUGCUAUGAAAAAACUAUUAUCAAGUAAUAUAAUAAAUUAAGGUUAUGAUUAAAAUGUUUAAGUAAAGGGAUAUUUAAUUUUUAUAUCUUAAGGGGAAGAAAUUGAAAUUGUGUUAUAUUUGAUUAAGGAUUACAGUAAUAAUUUGAUCAAUUUAAAAUUCAUGAUUAAUUCAAGUCAUGAAUAAAUAUUUAACUAUUAGUUUUAUGAAUUCGAAGGGAUUUGGAUCUUUACGGCUGUAGCAUUAGAUCCAUUAGAUAAUAAAGUAGAAAUUUAUUUGUUCAAUGAAUAAUCAGUAAAUAAUUUUAUUUAUAAUGAAUACUAAAUAAAUUUCUAAAUCCCUAAAGUAAUUGAUAAUUAUUUAGGUGUUUAUGGAAAAGUAAUAAGUUUUAUAUAUUAUAGAUUUAAAAUUUUAAUUUGUUAGCAUUUACAGCUAAAUUUUCAGAAUUUUUAGUGAUUUAAGUGUUUGAGAAGAUUGGAUAUAAUUAUGAAUAGUUUUAUUCAAAGAUAAUUUAAAGCUAUAUAUUUGAAAGAUUAGAACCUUAAGAAUAAAGAAUAUAAUUAGUAGAUGAUCAAUAUUUUGAUGGAGAGUAAAAUUUGAAGAGAACGAUAUUUAUAGAAGGUUCAUCAUUUUUAAUUUAAGGUUGGGUAAAAUUAAAUGAAUAAGUGCAAGAUUAUGGAUUUUUGCUAUUAAAUUUAAAAUUUACUGAAUAGGAUCUCAUAUAGACAUUUCCAGGAGAUUAGAUAUUAACACUUUAAUAUUAAUUAACUCCCAAAGAUCCAUUAAAUUGUUAAUUUGCUAUAACUUAAUAAUUUAACUAGAACCCUAAUGUAUAUGAACCGUAUGUAUAUUCUGGAUAAGAGGUUGGUUUAUAUUAUGGCCUCCCAUUUAUUUAUAAACAAUUUAUAUCUUGGCAUUAUAUAUAAUACUAAUCAGGAAAUAAAAAUAUUCCAUCGUCACUUUAUAUAUACUUUUCAUACAAUGAAAUGACUAUUGGAGCAAAUUUUUACGUAGGUUUUUAACCUUAUCAAUUUUCUAAUGUUAACGCUAGUAUUGAAAUUGGAGGAAGUACUUUUGCUAAAUCUUUUUUAAAUGGUUGGAUAUCAAAACUUGAAUUUAUAUAUAAUAAUAAAGACAAUAAAUUAUUUGGAUUAAGUAUUAUUAUAGAGUAUUAAUUAGAUUGUUAUCCUGUUUGUAAUAAUUGUUUCGGUCCUUAUGAUAACUAAUGUUUGAGUUGCGAUCCAAUAUACAAUAGAUUUUAUUUGGCUUUAAAAAAUGUGUGUGUGUGUUAAAUUGGAUAUUUAGAGUCUUCUGAUGGAUUAAGUUGUGUCUUAUUUGAAGAUAAUUAUGGAACAUCUGUAAUUGUUAGAUAAAAGUUUGAUGAAAAUGAUGACAUAAAUUGUUAUUUAGGAUAUUUUUAAUUUAUGAAUUCAUGCUAUCAAUGGUAUAUAUAUUUAUAUAUAUGAAUUAAUAGUCCAAUUGGAACUGAAAUGCUUAAUUGUUAAGAUUGUAUAAAUAAUUAAAAAGAAUGGUAUAAAAAUCCAAUCUGUAGUUGGGAUUUUUAGUAGAGUUUGUUUUCUUUUAGAUAUACUAAAAGAUAGGAAGAGUUUUAGGAUUUAUAUUUAAUUAACCAACCAUUCUCAAUAUAAUUAUGUGUUGGAUGUGCUUAAUUUUGUUCUUAUCAAGAUUCUGAAUGCUAUAGCCUAAGUGGAAUAUAUCAUUUGGGAUAAAAAGUCUAUGUUAAAUGCAAAUAAAAUUUUUAAUUUAGGGAUGGAUAUUGUAAAUUAAAGGCCCCAUUUUGUUUAAUUCAAAAUGGAUGGGGAAUUUGUUUAAAAUGUGAAAUUGGUUACUAUUAAACAAAAAAUUAAUUAAAUUGCAUUUAAUGUCCAAAAGAUUGUCUUGAAUGUCAUUAUGAUGAAAUAAAAGAUAAUGUAGAAUGUGAUAGAUGUUUGGGUUAAUAUUUUACUAUAUAUUUGGGAGUUUGUACAAGAUGUGGUUUAAAUUGUAAGAUUUGCCAGCCUGAUUUCAACUUUUAAAAAUAAGAGCCUUUUUUAAGAUGUUUAGAAUGUAUUGAUGUAAAAUAAUAUUAUAUAUUGUUUAAUGCUAUUGAUUGUUUAAAGAAUACAAUGUUUGCUUGUUAAUAUGCCUUUUAGUAUUUAAAUUAUGAUCAUUCAAUUACUACUUUAGAUAUAUUUUUUGAACCUAGAGAUUAUGAUGAGAAUGUUAGGACUGGAUGUGCUAGAUGUUUUGAUGAUGUUUUUACUUUCUCUUUUGUUAGUUAACAAUGCGAAUUUACUUAAAAUUAAAAUGUAAUGUGUAAAUCAUCAGUUUUUGAUUAAUAUGGCAAUUAUAUUUGUCUUAUUUUUUACAAUCAAUAGUAUCCAUCAUAAACAAUUUAUUAAUAAUUUUAUUAUUGUCCUUUAAUAGAUUAAUGUUCGGAUUGUCUGAAAGUUACUGAAAAUAAUUAGAUAUGUUUAAUGUGUAAUAUUGGAUAUUAUUCAUCAUAUACAGGAGUUUGUAUCAAAUGUCCUCCUGAACUUAAUUGUUUAAUGUGCGAAUAGAAUCUAAAACUGUUUAAUAAUAAUUAUAGAAAUCAAAUAAGAGCAUUUUAUAAAUAUUUUGUUGAAGGCUUUAAAUCAAAUCAUUUCUAUAACGAUUAUAAUUAAAUUUUUGUAUAAGAAUAAUACACUGUUAAAUGUACUAACUGUUUAGAAAGCCUUGAAUUAUACAAUGGAAAAUGUAUCAAACGUUGUCCUAUAGAUUGUGAAUCAUGUAUCAAAAUUAAUGAUGAAAAUGUAUGUCAAUCUUGCCCUUAUACUUAUUUAGGUAAAAGUCUUACAGUAUUUCAUAAUAAAUGUUUAGAAUGUCCCACAUAUUGUUCUAUUUGUAUCAAAAGAUCUUAAGCAUCUAUUUUGAAUAUAAAUCCUUAUUAUUAAAGUACUACAAAUAUAUAUGAAAAUAUUUGUAUCAAAGGAUUCUCAACAUCAUAUUAUUAUGAUCAAGAUCUUUCAAUUUAUUAAGAUUGCUAAUAUCAACCUGACCAAUCCAGAUGUUUUAGAUCAAUUACAAUUAAUGUUUAAAUUUACUGUUAAGAUGGUUUCCAAACAGAUAAAAAUUAAAUAAACAUUCAAGAUUUAUUUUCUUCAAAUACUUAAAUAAAUCAUCUCUUAUAUUUCGAAAAUCAAAACAUUUACUCAUAUGCUAAUAAAAACACUGUUAAAGAAGUUAUCUAUGAUUUUGAAAUUGUUGAUGGUCUUGAAAAUUCUUGUAUUUUACCUUAAACAGGGUACUUUUAAUAAAGUAUGAGUAAAUAUGUAUUUUCAGCUAUGUAAUUUGUUUAUAUUUAUUAUCUAUAGAUUAAUUAAACUGAAUAUGUAUUCUAAAUAAUAAAUAGAGAUUUCAGUAUUAGAAAAUUACAAACUAGAAGGUUUUACAGAUAUUAUGAUCUCUAAUAUUACUUUUAUCUAAUCUUCUACUAUAAAGGCAACCAUUAUUAUUGAUUCACUAUUUAAAUUAAGAACAAUCUUUUAAAAUGUCAAAUUUGGAUCACUUAAAAAAUAAUAAGACUUUCUUAUUUUGGCUAAAAGUUAAAUAUUUAUAUAAUUUAAAGAUACUUAAUUUAUAAAUAUACUUUAAUCUAAUAUUAACUCUUAAUUUAUUUAAAUCAAAAUUAUUAAUUCUCUAUCCUAAUUCUUUAUCACUAAUGUUCAUUUUAUAAAUUGCAAUUUCAUGCAUACUAUCUUAUUUAACAUUAUUAAUGAAAACUCAAUCAGAAUUUAAAUCUAAAAUCUAAAAAUUACAAACAUGGUUCUCAAAAAUUCUACACAUAUGUAAUUGUCUAAUAGUAAUACUGAUAACUAAAUAAUAAUACAAAAUCUGAAUUUGUAGAUGUUUCUUUUUGAUUCAUCUUCAUUCUUCAAUUUAACUUAUUUCUCUCUAACUAAAGUAACUUAAAUACUUUUUUAAGAUUCAAUUCUAAGUAAUACCAUUUUUUUCACUUUAAAUAAUUUUGUUGAAUUAGAAGAUAUUACUUUGUCUUAAAUAAAUCUAUUAUAAUCAAGCACAUUAUUUAUAAGUCGCUCAUAAUCUAAUUAAAAUCCAUAAUUCAUUUUGAAGAGAAUAUUAUUUGAUUUCAUAAAAUAUGAAUCGUAAAAUCCUUUUAUAUUUAUAUAUCAAGAAGAUAAUAAAUUUAUGCAACUGUAACUUAUUGACAUUUAAGUAUAAAAUGCUGAACUGACAUAAUUAGAACUAUUUAAUAAUAUCGAUGUCUCCAAAAAUAAAAUAGUAUUAUCAGGUGAUUAUAUUAUAAUUCAAAACUUAAUAGUUUUAAGAGAAGAAGAUUUACCAGAAAUAACAAUAAUUAAUUCAAACAUAGUAAAUAUUGAUAAUUUAGUGAUAAUAUCAAAAGAAAGAGAGUAGUUUUUGAGUUUUGUUUGUUUAAAUAAUAAAAAAUUUCAACAGGAAUAUUCUCUUAUCACUUUCUUUCAAGUGAUUAAUAUUAAUAUCCAAAACUCUGUUUUUUCCAAUUUGACUCUAUACAACCAAGGUAUUUUGCAGAUUUUAUAUGAUUAAAAGAUGAGUUUGAUCUCAGAGAUUUAGUAUAAAACCGUAAUAUUAAAUUAAAUUAAAUUCGAAAGAAACUUAAUCCUCAAGAAUUUAAAUUAAGAACCACUUGGAUUCAUUAGUAUAAUUGAUUAAAAUUAGAUUUCAAUCCAAUUUACUGAUCUAUUAUUCCAAGCUAAUUUAUUAAACGAAUUUUUGGAAGAAUCUCAUACCAUAUCAUCUUUACUUAUUGUUGUAAUAGCUCCAAGAGGAAUUUUCUCAUUAAAAAAUUCAAAACUAGACUAUAAUAUUAUUUUGAAUUCUACAUUCUCAUUGCUCUAUAUAAAUACAAAGUAUUUAAAUAUUUCUCAAUCGCGUUUUAAUAAUAAUAAUGUAAUAAAUUACACAACACUCUAUUAUUUUGUAAAAGAUUUAACUUAUUCUAUCACAUCAAUUUACUCCCAAACUGGAAAUGGAUAUUUAAAAACUUCAAAUUUAUUAAUAAAUGAAGUUCAAUUCAACACUUCAUAAGGAUUUUAUGGAGGGGGGCUGUAGAUAAGUAGUUAAAAUAUUUCUACAAUAUUAAUAACAAAUUGUUAAUUUAAUAAUUUAUCUAAUUUAGUUGGAAACUCUUUAUCAUAUGGAGCUGCUUUAUAUUUGGAGAUAUAAUCGUAAGAAUUAUCUUUAAAAUUUAGAAAUAUUACUGUUAUCUAAGUUUUUACUGAAAAUUUAGGAGGAUUUCUUUUUAUUAAAUCAUCAAUAUAUUAAAAAAUUUAGAUAGAUUUUUAAAAUUCCAUUUUUAAAGAUAAUUUUGCAAACUCAGGAUCAAUUUUAUACUUUGAUAAUUCUAUAAAUUCGAAUUAAUACUUUUGUAAAUUAAGUCUAACAGAAAUAAUAGUAGAAUAAUCAAAAUAUGAUAAUUACUUUAAAACCUUAAGAUUUGAAAGUUAGGAUUAAUUUAAUAAUAUUUUUCUUAAGUAGAGAGAGUUAAUUAAUAUUAAAAUGUGUUCAAUUGAAUUAAACAAUUCUUUUUUUUUAAAUUUAGCAUAAGAAGGCAUAGUAACAGUAGAAUAAUCUUUUGAAACCAUCUUAGCAAAUCUAUAAGUUGAUAAUGCUAAAAUUACCAAUCAAUAUCUCUUUAAUAUUUUAAGCUAUAAUGAUAUUAUGUUAAAUAACAUUUAGAUCAUGAAUACAUAAAACUUAUUAAAUUAUAAAAGUAUGAAAAGAAUAUGUAAAUUUGAUUCAUUUGGUUAAGUUGAUUGUUUUUCAUUAUAGAAUCAAACAUAAAAUUCACAUCAAUAAAUUUGCAUUUAAACUGAAUUAAACUUUUUAAUAGAAUCAUCUAAAUCAACUUUAAUCUAUAUUCUAUAGUAAGCUGCUAUGAAAACAAUUUUUAUGAGAAAUAUCAAAUUAUUGAAAAAUUAAGUUAAUUAAUUAAUUAAUAUCUAAGGUUUAGUGAAAUAGAGAGAAUCAGCCUAAAUUAUUGUUCAAGCUCUUUUCAGUAAUAAAAAUUAAUGUUUAGAUUCUUGUAUUACUAUAUAACCAAUAACAAAGCAGUAAAUAGAGAUAUUAACAUCAAAAAGUAUCUCUAUAUAAAACUAUUAUUGUUUGGAGAAUAAUGCUCAAUAUGGAGGAUGCUUGUAGAUUUUCUAAUUUUCGGUGGGUAUAUUAGAUUCUUUCUUUUUAAAUAACACAGCAGUUAAAUAAGGAGGAGCUAUUUUUUAUGAAGGAAACAGUUUAAUCCUUUAAAAUUCUUAAAUUUCUUAUAAUCAAGCAAAUUAAGGAGGAGGUAUUUUUACAAAUAUCUAAUUACCAAUAAGUAUAGAAUAAAAGGCAUUUAAAGCUAAUAAUGCAAUCUAUUUUGGGAACGACUUUGUAGAGAUUCCAUCAAAAUUAGCUUUAAUUGUUGAUAAUUUUAAGAAUAUCUUAUUUCCCUAAGAAUUUUAUAUUAAUGAAUCGAUUCAUUUAGAUCAAAUAGAGAUUAGCAAUUAUACUAUGUUUGAUAAAAGUAUUACAAACUAUAUAUACUUUCCAACAGGAUAAUAAAUUGGUUAAUAUCAGUUUUUUGAUUAAAAGUAAAAUAAAUUUAUAAAUUCAAAUUUAACUUUAAGAGUUAUUGCUUUGAAUAGAUAAAAUGAUAUAAUGAGAAAUCUAAAUAAUUCAUCGUGUACAAUGUUUAGUGAUAAUUAAUAAAUUUUAAUUAAAACUAAGUUCAAUGAAUCAUCAUAAGAUUUUUAUUUUGAUGAUUAAAUUAUAAAAUUCGAUCCUUACAAUGAUUAAUAUUUAGAAUUAAAAGUUAGAUGUGAUUGUGUUAAAGUUUUAAAUUCCACAAAAUCUAAUGAGAAUAACUAUUAACUUUAAUUUAAAAUAAAGACUUUUCCAUGUAAAAUUGGAGAAAUUUUUGAAAAUGAUUAAUGUAGAGUUUGUGAUUACAGUUAAGAUUUAUAUUCUGUAACAAUCAAAUCUACAAAAUGUUCAAAAAGAAAUGAAUUAACUACAUCUUAAGUGACUUCUGGAUAGUUAAGACUUAGAUAAGGUUUUUGGAGAUUUCAUUAAAAUUCUGAUGAUAUUUUAUAAUGUGCAUAUUCUCAGACAAAAUGUAAAGGAGGUUGGGAAACAGGUGAUGAUAGUUGUGAAGGAGGAUAUGUAGGAGCUUUAUGUGAAUAAUGUGAUAUUUAUGGUACCAGAGGAUCAGAAAAAUUUUAAAAUCUAUUUAAAUAUUCUUGUCAAUAAUGUUCAAGUUAAAGUUAUACUAUCUUCUAUUACAUAAUCUUAAAUAUAUGGUAAUAAUCAUUAUUAUUUAAUAUAGGAAUAUCUUGGCAAUAGGAAUAACUGCCUUUAUUAUUAAAAAUGACUUUAAUAAAUUAUUUAGAGUUUUUUGGUUUUCAACAAUUAGUUGUAACAAAAUAUUUCUCCAUUAUUUUUAAAUUAUAUUCUAUUUAACUAUGUUGUAAUUAAAUAUUCCAAUAUAAUUAUCUUCUAUAAUCAACUUUUUAGGAAAUCCUACUGAGUCAAUUUCAUUUUUAUUAGACUGUGUUUGGUCUAAUUAUGAGACUGCGUUUAAUAUCAUAUACAUUAGAGCAAUUAUUUAAUUAUUUUCACCUAUCCUUUAUUUGAUAAUAAUUAGUGUUUUCAUUUUAUUGAUCUUAAGAAUAGAGAGUGAAACUCGCUAACACUUAUUUUAUAAUUCAUUGCAGUAUUGCAAACUUUAUUAUUCACCUAGCAUAUUUUCAUGUUUGAUAUCUUUAAUAUCAUACAGGGAAAUAGCAGGAUAAAAAUGGAUUCUUGCUGAUGUUACAUAUUUAUUUGAUACAAAAGAACAUACACAAUGGAUUUUACAAUUUAUCAUUCCAAUAUUUACAUUAUUUUUACUUCUUUUAGUAGUAGAUUUUGUGGCAAUAUUUAAAAGAAAGCAUUAGUUAACAUUAUUAAAAACUAAAAUGAUGUUUGGUUACUUAUAUUUAAAUUAUAAAAGUAGAUUUUAUUUUUGGGAGUAUUGCAAAUUAAUUUAAAAAUUCUUAUUAGUUAUUGUGUUUUUAUAGUUUCAGGAUUAAAUUGUUUGGAAAGCUACUUUUGUAGUAUUAAUUAUAUUAGUUUAUUAAUAAUUAGUAUUAAUACUUCAACCAUAUAAAGCAUCUUUAUUUAAUAAUUUAGAAAGUUUGAUGUAAGUAAUAUGCCUUGAAACAAUCAUUUUUAGUAUUUUAAUCGUAUAGAGUGAGUAAUACAAUUUAAAAUUUAUUGAAAUCUGUAGUUAUAUUUUAUUAACUAUAAUAAAUGCUUACUUUUUGUUGAAAUUGUUAAAAAUAGUUUUGAAGUUAAAUUCAUUUUAGGUGUAAAAAUUAUUAGAUAAGUUAAGUUCAAAGAUGACAUAGUUAUGUCCUUAAAUAAAAUAAUAUAAAUUUUGUUAAGGUUUGAUUUAUAAAAGAUUAAAGAGGAGUAAUUUAAUAAGAAAUCAGUUUUAGAAUUUAGUAAGAUAGAUAAUUUUAAUGGGAAAAAAUAGGUUCCAUUCACCAAAGAAAUAGAAUAAAGGCAGAAUAUCUAUUCGAUAUUUCUAAUAAGACUUUGAUACUUUGUAAUAGUUGACGAUAACAAAUACAAAUUUACCUUAAAUGUGUGAUAAUUAAAGAAUGCUAAAGACAAAUACUGAAUUUAAUUAGGAUGAUGAUGGAUUAGAGUAAUUAAGAAUAAUAAUAUAAUUUUAGUACUUAAAUAGGGAACAAGAAUGUUUAGCCAAAGUUUUAAAUAUGA